UUCCUGUCUUGAAAAUUGCUUUGGUACCGCAGCCGAAACUCGCAAAUACGCCUUUAAAAAUACUGAAGUGAUUUUUCGUACGCUGUUGUUUGCUGCUUAUAACGAAAAUCACAUAUAUCCGUUGUUGUAAACCUUGUGACUAUCUUAACGGGAAGUUUAGUUGUCUCUGAGACGAGAAAAUGGAUGAUUCAAAUACCUCUGGUCAACACACAAUCUCACUAGUGGUUAAAACGCCUAAUCAGGUCCACGGAGACCAAGUAAUCGAGAAAGUGGAUAUGAACUGGACGGUGAAGGAUCUGAAAAUGUAUUUGUCUAAAAUGUAUCCGACCAAGCCGGCGGUAAAAGAUCAGAGACUCAUCUACUCUGGAAAGCUGCUUCAGGACAACCAGCGUGUCGAUGAAGUCUUUGGAAAGGCCGAGGUGACUCCUACUGUUCACCUGGUGUGUGCUUUCAGAACCCCAUCCACUGCCCAGCAGGCUGCCAUGCCUAAGGCCGCAGCACCCGAACCACAGAGCACCCGGUCGUCAGCUACACCCGUCAGACAGAACUCCGAUGCGCCCGCUUCCCUGCCAUCUGUGCCCGCUGCGUCCUCCUCCGCAGACGGUCUGAGACACCGCACGCACCCGACGCCUGCGUCGCCCGCCGCAGCCUGGCCUGGCACCGGCAUGCCCGCAUCCAUGCCCGGAGCAGGAGCUGGAGCGGCGGGCAUCACACACCCAGCCUUCCCCACCUACUCCCUGUACAGUCCUCAGCAGCUGCUCUGGCUACAGCACAUGUACGCACGCCAGUAUUACAUGCAAUAUCACGCGGCUCUGGCAGCAGCUGCCUCCGCUCCCAUUCCCGGUGCCCCCGCCGGCCCCCCCCUCCCCGUCGCCCCCCACCCAGCCGCCGUCCCUGCCGCUUUACCCAAUCAGGCGCCCAUCAACAACCUGCCGGCCAAUCAGAACGCUCCCGACCCCGCCUUCAUCAACCCGGAGGGAGCCAAUCAGAACCUGCGCAUGAACGCUCAGGGCGGGCCCGUGAUGGAAGACGACGAGGACGUGGAACGCGAUUGGCUGGACUGGGUGUACACGGCCGCCCGUUUCGGGGUGUUUCUCAGCAUCGUGUACUUCUACUCCAGCAUAAGCCGUUUCCUCCUCGUCAUGAGCAGUCUGCUCCUCAUGUACCUGCACACAGCAGGCUGGUUCCCCUUCAGACGAAGGCCUCAAGCCCGAGUUCCAAAUCAACCAGAUCCAGAGGUUAUUCAGAACCAGCAGAACCAGAAUCAGGCCAGACAGCCAGACCAGGCAGAGCCCCCUGCUGGAGCGGAGGGUGAAGUGGAGCCAGGCCAGCAGCCCCCUAUGCCUGCCGUGUUGGUGCCCCAAGUCAGAGUGUCAAUCGUCUAUACAGCCUGGGUUUUCUUCAAAGCCUUCUUUGCUUCUCUAAUCCCAGAGGCGCCCCAGGGCGUGGCCAACUGAUCGCAGUGUCGCCCCCUGCAGGGAGAUGGACUGCAUGUCAAGAUGAACACUGUCUUUGAAAACAGGCCUGACUCAGCCUUCCUCAGACAAACGAACUUCAAAAUGCUACCCAGAUGUCUUCACAUUUUUCUAUUCUUUUCUUUUUUUUUUUUUUUGUUUUU